GAAGGAAAAAUAAAAGAGAUUGGCGUCUGUCUGCGCCCUCCAUGAAUGUGAAGUGAAGGGGCACUAACAUUACAAUAUCCACACCAACAGCUGCUGAGCUGAGAGCAUUUACAACCAGAAAAAGAAAAUGCUAACGCAGAACUUGAACUUGGUCGCUCGUCCAUCUCUACUCCCAGUUUCUUCUUUUGAUUGCCCCUAUGAGGCGUCUAAACAGUUGAACACUCUAAACUUCAGACUUGCGAGAGCAAAAAGAAAACUCAAGGUUACUCGAAUAAAGGCAAGCUUCUGGGACUCCAUCCGAUCUGGGUUCUUGAAGGAGAACUCAACAGAAGUCAUUGAACCAUCAUCUACUCUACCAGAAGAGGAAGAACCACUGCCUGAAGAGUUUGUACUCGUAGAAAAGACUGAACUGGAUGGAGAAAUUGAACAAAUAGUAUUCUCUUCAGGUGGAGACAUUGAUCUGUAUGAUCUUCAAGCCUUAUGUGAUAAGGUAGGCUGGCCUAGAAGGCCACUGUCAAAAUUAGCUGCAGCAUUGAAAAAUAGCUACAUGGUAGUCACAUUGCAUUCCUUAAGAAAAUCACCCGGAUCAGAGGGGAAUGACCAAAAGAAGCUGAUUGGCAUGGCUCGUGCUACAUCUGAUCAUGCCUUCAAUGCUACCAUUUGGGAUGUUCUUGUUGAUCCUAGCUAUCAGGGCCAAGGUCUUGGCAAGGCUCUUAUUGAAAAGCUUAUUAGGGCACUUCUACAAAGGGACAUAGGAAACAUAACUCUUUUUGCAGAUAGUCAAGUUGUGGAGUUCUAUCGGAAUCUUGGUUUUGAACCUGACCCAGAGGGCAUUAAAGGUAUGUUUUGGUACCCAAAGUAUUAGUGGUUCGAGAGUGGGUCAGGUUUAUUCAUCUGUCGAUUAAAUUAGUUCAUCAUGCAAAUUCAUAUGGCACCAUGGGACAUCGAAGGAGGGAUCUGUUUCUAAGUCUAUUAGUUAAAGAACUGUAUAUUUUGCUUUUCCUUUUUUCUUUAGAAAAAAAAAAAAAAAAGAAAUACUUGGAAGUAUGCUUACUGUAAUUUUAAACUUGUGUCAUUAGUGACGUUGAAUAUUGUUUAACCGGCUAAUGUCGUUGGUGGUUAAAGUACCUGCAUUCCUCAUCAUGUUUAUUAGC